AUGGUGCCUUCUGCAGGAGAGAGAGCAAUGGGAGGAGGAGGCGGUGGGAUGGGAAGAGGUGGUGUGCAUGCAACGGGUAUAGGCCAGAGGUUUGUGUCUCAGAGCAACAGAGACUUUGCAGCAGCAGAAGCAGCGGCAGCAGCGGCGGCAGCAGCAGCGGCGGCAGCAGCAGCAAGGGCGGCAGCAGAGGAAGCAGCCGUUCCCAAUGCCCCUCCCCCAGCAGCAAGCGGCGAGAUCAGCAUGUACCAGGAACCUUCGAGCAGCCUGCAGAUAAGCGCGGGGAGGAAUGGGGGUACAAGAGGGGAGAAUGGAGGCAUGGGCGCAGAGAAUACAGGCCAGCAGCAGAGGUUCAGUGUGAGAGGGGGCGCUGGGGGGGACGCGGUAGGCGCAGGGGCAGGGGGGUAUGUGGGAGGUGGAGUGAGGAUGAGCAUGGGUGGUGGGGGGUUCGGUCCGUUUGGGUUGAGACCCAAGAGACCUGAGGUUAGUGGGGAUGUUGCUUCUAUUUGGCUCAACCGGUGGUUGCGGCCCCCCACUGCUGCUGCUGGCGGUGCUGGUGCUGGUGGUGCUGGUGCUGGUGCUGGUGGUGCUGGUGCUGGUGCUGGUGGUGCGCAGGAGAAUCCUCUGUCUCUCCCUGUGUCAGCUUUAGCAGCAGCUGUAGCGGAAGCAGAGGCGGCGAGGCGUCGGUUUGAGAGGGGGCGAGUGGCCAUGCAGAGCUGGAAGAGCAGGAGCAGACCCGCUAUUGCUCACACAGGAGCAGCAGCAGGCGCAGGAGAAGGAGCAGCAGCAGCGGGUGGGGUGGUAGGGGAGGGAAUGGCACGGGACAGCUCAGCACUGCGAGUGGCUGCGAUUGAAAAUGACGUGGCGGCUUGGUCUGCCUUGCUGGCAGAGAGGGGUGGAGGCGGAGGAAGAGGAGGAGGAGGAAGAGUCGGAGGAGCAGCAGUGGCAGCAACGAGUGAUGCGGGAAGCAGCGGCAGCCACGAGCAGCAGGCACAUCAAGCCCUCCAGCAGCAUGAGCUGGAGAUCCAAUCCCACCGCAACCAGCAGCGAGCAGCAGGAGGGAGUGCACUGUUCGCCCCACACUCUUCCCUCCACGGCCAGCAGAACCCGCACACUCUCACUGUGCACCCCCCCUCACACUCUCACUCUCGCUCCUCUGCCACUCGGAGCUUUGGGGGGGCGUCCUCUCACUCGCCCGCUCCUCCCUCCCCACCUGUCAGGGGCGCAGGGCCGGAGGGUCUUGAGAGUGUGGUGGAGGGAGGAGUGGGAGGGGAAGGAGGGGUAAGAGGAGGAGGAGGGGGAGCGAGGGGAUUUGGGUCGUUUGGGUCGGGCUUUGGUGGUGUGGGCCGAGGGUCGGGAGGUGGCAGGCUCGGGGCGUUGAGAUCAGGAAUGCUGAGAGCGUCAGCGGCAAGCUCAGGUCGCUCCGAGCCGGAGGGCUAA